CCGAGGGAGGGAGAGAUCGGCGGAGGCGUUGGCCGUUUGGGUGUUGGGCGCCCGGCGGCGACCAUCUGAAUCUGAUCCCACCGCGUCCGGCCCGGUUUCCAGAUCAGGUGGCUCUGAUUCGACAGUUUCCGGCUCGGAUCUGAGGUCAGUCGAUCGUCGGAGGAAGCAACAAAUCGAAGCAGGGAUAUGGCUAAGCGGGCGCAGGGACAGGACAAGAAGCAGGACAACAAAAGGUCACGGCCUGAUCACAAACAGCACCUCUAUCUGGUGCUGGAUGACUGGGACAGCGGGUUCAGCAUCCACAAGAUUGACGCCGACCAAGACACUGCUGACCUCCGCCAGCCACCCGUCCUCCGGCUAGUGUCACCUGUACCUGGUAAUCCAAUGUGCUUCGAUGUCCUGGGCAGAAACAUCCUCAUCGCCACAAACCCACGUUGUGGCAGCGCUCCCACCCUUGUCUAUGACACGGAAAGGGCAGGACUCGCCGUCGGCCCUCCUCUCCCAGCUCCACUGCUCGGCGAUUUUCACAUCUCGGUGGCUGCUGCCGACAUGCUAUAUGCCUUGACAUACUACCACAGGAACUCCCUUGAGGUGAUGUCAUGGGCACCCACUGUUGGCAAGGAGGAGGAUCCAUGGUCUCCAAGUCCAACCAUGGACUGGUCCUGGACAAGUGUGCCCACGCCACCGCCAUUCAAGGAGGAUGAAUGGAUCACCUCCUACGCCAUGCACCCAGAUGGACGCACCAUCUUCAUGUCCGCGCUCAACAGGUCCAAUCUGCGAUGCCGGACCUUCUCCUUUGACACCAGGCAAUGUGAGUGGAGGUUCCAUGGGGGAUGGGCCUUGCCUUUCCAGGGCCAAGGCUACUAUGACAGCACGCUGGACGCAUGGGUUGGCCUCCACAAGGAUGGUUACAUCUGCUCCUGCCAAGUCGCCUCCCGCAGCGGUACCGAGCAGCCAGACUGGAAAAUUGUCAAGGAGAAGAAGUUGUUCCGCAGCGUCCCCAUGAGAAAACAAGCAGCCCAAGAUGCCACUCUCACCUACAUGGGCAACGCCAAGUUUUGCGUUGUGGAGUGUGUGGUGCGUGAGGAAGUGGAGUAUGAGGAUGCUUUUGGUGAUUGUGAUGGCUGCAUGCUCCUCAUAACCAAGUUUGGCCUCAAGUACAGUCAUAAGGGAGAACUGCAAACCACCAGCAAUCCCACCACCAACUCCUAUCGAGUGUCAAAGUAUAUCACCUCUUUUUCUCCUACAGCAUUCUGGAUGUAGGACUAGCUGGUUAGUUUGGUUCCCUGAUACUAUGUAUCUUCCCGUUUUCUGGAUGUAAAAUAUGGUUUGCAUCAAUAAAAAGUUUACCUCUUGGCUUGUUGAUCUA